GCAGCGCACGCAGAGAGAGGGAGAGGGAGCUUUCGCUGCUUGGACUCAGGCUGAUGUCAUUGCUUCCGCCCUGUUUCCUUUUCGCUGAAUCCAAAAUGGAGUGAACUGAGUUUGUGAAAACAUAGGGAGCAUUUCAAGCUGCUCUUUCUCCCCCGACUUGUCCCUCCCCAAGCCUCUGGAUUCUGGCCUGGGGCUUCACUCUGCUCUGCCGCCGUCCCUGUUGCUGCACAGUUUCGCGGCCGGAGGGAGAGAGUGUGUGUGAGAGAGGGGGAGGGAGAGAGAGACCCGGGGAUUGCGGCCCCAGCGGCAGCUUCAUGUGCAGAGAGCGGCCGCUCGGAGCGGCUCAGGCCCGGUCAGAGAGUGCAGCAAGAGCCGGCCUCCAGCUCCGAGAAUGUGACUGUGUCCCUUAGGCAGCCCCGAGGCGAGGAGGGCCCGAUUCCCACCGUGUCCCCCCGGGUUCCCAGGUUCCAGCUCCCAGUACAACCCGAACAGGCGCCAGAGCCCCAGGAAGUUUGCAGCAAUGUCCGCUCCGGGGGAACCACAAUGACCGAGGAACCGCCGCCGGAACAUGACAGCUACGUUGUACGUGUCAAAGCUGUGGUUAUGACCAGAGAUGACUCAGGGUGGUUACCACAGGAUGGAGGUGGUCUUAGUCGAGUUGGUGUCUGUAAGGUCACACAACCAGAAGGCACUGGCCGAAGUGAUUUUCUGAUCCUUGGUGAGCGACUUCGAGACAAAUUGAUUGUUUUGGAAUGCUUCUUAAAGAAAGACCUGGUUUACACGAAAGCAACUCCGACAUUUCACCACUGGAUGGUAGACAACAGGAAGUUUGGACUCACCUUUCAGAGCCCUGCUGACGCACGUGCGUUUGAUCGAGGUGUGCGGAAGGCAAUAGAAGAUCUGACCGAAGGGUCAACAACGUCAUCUUCCACAAUUCAGAAUGAAGUGGAGGUCGGUGAUGAUGAUGUUUUUACAGCGGCUACAGAUAGCUCAUCAAACUCAUCGAACAGGAAGGAGCAGGUGGUCCGAGCACUCAGUACAGCAGUCAGUGACCCUCAGCGUGCUCUCUGUACCCUGGGUUAUGCUCAUGAUCACUACAGUCCCGACCACUGUCGCCUGGAGCAGUCCAUACCGAAACAGCGUCACGUCAGUUUUCGUGAUGACGAUGAGGAAAUUGUCCGGAUUAACCCUAGGGAGAAAACCUGGUUAAGAGAGAGGUAUGAGGACUACAGAUACGCAGCUGUCCGGCCAAAGUAUAAUGAGCGUGCUGAGAUGGACUCCUAUGUGCAUUUUGACAAAAGCGACGCUUCAAAGCAUGACUACAAUUACCCUUACGUAAAAAACUCUGACUUUGGGCUUUGCAAAGAUGUGAAAAGCAGCGUCGUAAAGUCUCAGCCCGUGCCGUCGAAAUCGAAAUUCCGGAGAAGGAUAGACGACGGUGAACGGUCUCGCUGUGUCUACUGCCGGGACAUGUUUAACCAUGAGGAGAAUGGCCGUGGGCAGUGCCAGGAUGCUCCAGAUCCCAUUCGAGCCUGUAUCCGUCGUGUGAGCUGUAUGUGGUGUGCAGACAGUAUGCUGUAUCACUGCAUGUCCGAUCCGGAAGGAGACUACUCAGACCCUUGUUCUUGUGACACCAACGAUGAAAAGUUCUGCCUCCGUUGGCUAGCUUUGAUAGCCUUAUCCUUCUUAGCUCCCUGUAUGUGCUGUUACCUGCCUCUUCGCGCAUGCUACAAAUGUGGUGUGAUGUGUAGAUGUUGUGGUGGGAAACACAAAGCAGUCGGGUGACUUGUACUGUGUCUUUUCCUCAAGCCGCCAUCAGUUAAUGAAGCACAUUUAGUUCUGAAGCAUUAUCGAUGCAGUUACUAUCAGCAACAGUAAACUGGGGAAGUGACUCCUCCAAUAACCUGGGUCCUGUAACAUUGAGAAACACCAAGGCUGUAUCUAUUCUGCAAACGUUACAUGGAGCUGACUGUAAUAACUGACUUUUCUAUGAAUGAAUAUAUGUGUGUGCGCGCGCGCGCGCGCGCGCGCGCGCGUGUGUGUGUGUGUGUGUGUGUGUGUAUAUAUAUAUUUUAUAUAUAUAUAUAUAUGUUAACAGAAUGUCUCAUGUUUAUAAUUUUUUUUAAUUGUAAGAGACUGAGACUGAAUAAUGUUUUCAAGGUGACUAUUUGGGGAGGGGUGGGGGGAAAUCGCUGGCCACAGUGCAAUUGUGUGAACUGCCAACUGAAUGCAGCACUCAGUGAGGAGAUUGGCAUGAAUUGUUCCUGCUUAAUCACCAGAGACACUUAACCUGUAGUCAGGAACCCUCUCUGACCUUGUUUAAGGGGCCGUACUGGUAACACAUACCACAGCACAGUACUGCUGUUACUGUAUGAAGCCAAAAUAAUGCUGUUUGUUAAAUGCACCUCAGUUACUUAUUCAACAAACGCUCUUUGCUUCAUCACUGUGGGCAUUGCCCUCCUGAGCAAAGUUACAAAAUAAUUAAACUUCACCUCAGAUUUCAUACAGUUACCAAGCCUUAAAUACGUUGCCCCACAGUUUUUUUAAGCAUCAGUCCUACAUUGGUGAACAUUUAAAUUGGUUUUAAUGUAAAAUUAUGGAUUUUAUUUUAAGUAAAUUUUUCUAUUUAUUUGGGCCCUUGAAGCAAGUUCUCAUUGUUUUAACAAAAAAAAGUUGUCAAUACACUAAAGUUUGUCAGAUUACACUAUCUAACUAAACUCCAAACUGCCUGCUCUAUAUUUACACAUCGAUAUAGCCAUCUGCAAUGAGAGGGAACACAGUGUUAGAUCACUACAGACAGGGUGGGGAGAAAAUGAGCUGCUUCCAUUCUGGUGGUCUGUGUCUAUAGACCCAGUUUGCCAACCUCUUACCCUUUUGCAGGGUCUGAGUCCCGGGCAUUGUUCAGCUUCAGAGACAGAGUGGACCAGGUAUUAAAAGUGACCAAGUGCACUAUGAGCUGUGCACAAGGUACAGCCUCCAGGGACUGGGGUGACGGGGUGGUGAGUCCUGGCAGGUCCAAGUUAGUUUUUUUUAAAAGAAAAAGAUCGAAAACACAAAGUGUCCUAGAAGAUGGGAAUUAUUGAGGCCUUACCUGGUGUGUCAUGUGGUCACACACUGGCUAUAGACGGUGGAGGGAAAGACUUUCCUUCCAAAUCUUAAUAGCUCAGGUCACUAAGGGGAUUGAACAAAACCCUCCAUUAGAAAGCUUAAGCUUUGAAAGACUAUUUUUAUAACACAGCACAGGGAGUAGCCUUUUUUUUGUUUUAAUUUAUUUGAAAAGUGGUAGUUUUUCAUUUUAGCCUUGCUGCGUUGUACAAUCCAACCCCUUAUUUGAAGGCAGCUUUGAGGAACUGGUCUGUUGGAACUGACAUCUCUUUCGUGCUGUCCCUCUGCGAGUUAAUUGCCGGUCCAUUCGACAUCCUUAACACCCCCACUUUCCUCUGUUGCACCGUAACAUCAGUCCGCUUCCUUUCCACAGAGCACCGAGAGCUGCACGUUGGGGAUGUUUGAUCGAGCAGAAUACCCCCUACCCCUACCCACUCUCUCAUGAAAGCAUUACCCAUUGCAUUAUUUUCCCACUACCUGAGCUGUCACAUUUUUUUUAUUUAAGUGAUUUGAAGGCUUCCAAUGCACAGACAAGAGACUUUCUGAGGAAGAAAAGCAAGUUACAAGCCUUGCUGCUAAUUUUCAUUUGGCAGGGUCGCCGUUUGAUGUCAGUGUGGAGCAAGUGAAAUGCAUUAAAUUAACUGGACGUUAACCCACCAGUAUCACGGUGUAAAAAGCAUUAUAACAUUGAGCUGAAUUCUCUAGCGGACAUAUUUCCAAAUGCAACUUUCGCCCAGCAUCGAAUGCCCACAGAUUUUCAAAUUGUGAUUUUACUUCUCUUGAGAUCACUGUGAGAUCUUGACUGCAUUGGGACACAAAGCACAAAACACAGGCUUGAAUUGACACUAAACCUUUUUGAGAUCCUGCAGUAACCCAGCAGUUCACUGGCACAAUGUUGGUUAUGGUGCCUCUGAAUCUAUUUCCGCCGAGGCUCCCGAUAUUGCCCACGUCCACCGUAAUCCACAUAUGUAGGCACUUCUUGCCACAAAUACUGCAAAUCUGUAAAAUGAUGGGAGCAGUUAACAGGGAGCCACAGCCAAGGCACUUCUCUUGUACGUAGUUCACCCGCACUGGUGUUGAGUCUUUACAGUGGGCUCCUAACAGUACAAGGCAGUAGUCUGAGGUGGAAGGGGAGACAAAUCAAAUUUAUUUUUGUAUCUGUGGUAAGAAAGUUAACCAAAAGCUGUUGGUGCACAGUCUUCAACCAUUGCACACCUUAAUGGAUGAACGAAAGUGCCUGCACUAUUGUCUCUUCUGUAACUAAAAAAAACUCUUGUAUCAAUUAUUAGUUUUUUUACAAUAAGCAUUUUUACCUCUGUGUAAAAAAAAUAUAUCAAGUGUAUGAUGUACAUUUUAGUUCUUCUAUUUUUUUUAUUGUUUCUAAUGUGUAUGAUGUAAUCCUUGCUUUCCAGUACUAUGUAAAUACAAAAACAUCGUUAUCAAAACUACAACAUAAUGGCCUGACCAGUGCAUAAUUCUGCUACUUCCAUGUUGUAUCUUAACUAUGUACCUUGGCAGAUCCAAUGACAAUAAAAUGAAAAGAACA